GGUAGAUUCUGGAGUGAGCAUUGAGGCGAACUUAGCUCAAUGCAACCCCAGACACCAUUUAUCCAUCAAUCUCAACACAAUUCCCCAACAUCAAUUGAUACAGACUUAAAUAGUUUCAUAAGUCAACAUCAAUGAACAAUUAUAUCGAAAUCACAAUCCCACUUACUUCAUUUCAUCCCACUUGAAGCAAAACCAAGAUAGGGAUUGAAACUAAAAGUAUCGUGAUGGACAAUGCCAAUAUUCAUGUGGAGCAUAUUGAAUCCUUGGACGAUGUUAAUGCUCAUUCCAAUCCGAAGCAUGCCAAACCUAUGGAUGAUGCCAAAUAUCGAGCACAGCGUGUCGAAACAAAUUAUGGCAAAGGGGGCUUCCAUCCCAUACAUCUCGAAGAUACCUUCAAGCAUGAUCGCUACAAGGUUAUUCACAAAUUGGGACAUGGAGGAUUCGCGACGGCAUGGCUUGCGCGAGAUACAAAGCGAGAGAGAUAUGUUGCUUUGAAAGUUCUUGCGGCACGAUUGUCAAGUACUUCCAAAGAGGUUGACAUGUUACGUCGGAUGAAGUUGAGUCCUGAGCAUACCGGAAGAUUUUACGUUAUGUCUUUACUAGAUCAUUUUACCCACAAGGGCCCAAAUGGAGACCAUUUAUGCUUGAUCUCUGAAGUUGGAGGACCUAGUAUUAAAGAAUUCAAUGAUUGUCCAGGUGAAUAUAGAGGAAGCCGGCGGUUGGAAGCGUCUGUGGCAAGGAAUGUUUGCUUGCAGGCUAUACAUGGCUUGGACUACAUUCACAGCACUGGUGUCGUUCAUGGAGAUGUUACCCCUGCCAAUAUUCUAUUACAGCUUGCCAACAUCGAUGAAUGGACCGAGGAACAAAUCUAUGAAAGACUGGGUGUUCCUCAGAAAGAACAGAUCAUAUAUGCAAGCUCCAAGCUUCCAGUAUCUGAUUCUUCCUUUCCUGAUUAUACCGUUGCCGCAAUCAACAUGAAUGAGGUUAAUCCGAAAUGGAUAGCCAAUGAUAUCAUGAUAAUUGACUUUGGUAUCGCCUUCCUGCAAACAGCCCCAUCUUUUGACCUUGGCACGCCCAAAAGCUAUUGUGCACCUGAGUUCUUAUUCGGUCGUUACAGAAGUAUCGCAUCAGACAUAUGGGCCUUAGGAUGUACAAUUUUUGAAAUUCGUACGGGAUCUCGAUUGUUCAAAUAUGAUGGCAUUCCUAAAAGAGAUGAAAUGUUGAUCGCUACAGUGAGGCUUUUAGGUAGUUUUCCUGAAGCAUGGUGGACUACAUGGAAAGAAGGUCUACAGUGGUAUAAACAACAAACAGAAAUUGAUACCAGAUCAGCAGGAAAUAUACUUGAUCAGAUUUUGCAGACCGGUACACACGACGGCGAUGCUCCUCCUCAUCGACAUAAGCUUAGAAACGAAGCGCUGGAAUAUAUCGAAAGACUCAAGGAAAGUCCUUUGAACGAUAUGUUUGAAGGAACAGAUCAGCUUGUGGAGAUGGUGGAGGGGCUGAGAACUAGCGAAGCGGAGGCUAUUCUCAAGUCAGUGAAUGCUACUGGCCAAGGAAUAUCUGUUUCUGGUUCCAACAAAGGCGUAAAUGGCUCUCCGGCGGGACUUUCAUCAAACCUAAAGAGUUCCGAAGAUAAGAGUUCGAAAUCUAAGAGCUCAGAUGCUAAAAGCUCAGAGAAGACACCAUCUUCCGAGGGACUAUCGGUAGACCGGUCCUCUAAAAAGACUUUCACUGAAUUUUCCGCACUUUCCGAGAAACCUACAACAAAAGCCUCUACUAAUUUGUCUGAUUCAAGAGAUAACGAGACUCGGAUUAUGAUAGCUUCCGUCGAGGUCGAGCGUUGCGGCCCUGAACAUUCUCAUAGUUACCUUGAGCCAUCCGGCUCAAAAAUAUCUACUACUGAAGCAAGAAUUCUCGAGGAUUUACUCCGAAAGUCUCUCAGAUACCUACCUGAAGAACGAAGCACUGCUCUAGAAUUAUCGAAACACGUUUGGUUCUCUGAUAUCCACAAAGAGGUCGACUAAGGCUAGCACAAGUUACAAGUCCUGUAAGUCAUUUGAAACCUCAUUCUACUUGCAGGAUUGGUUGCAGGUUUUGUGAUACAUUUAUCGCCCGUUCGACCUAUCAUUAACCUCACACAAGUCUUUUCGUUCCAAUUUCGUCUCAUUUAAUGUUGCCUUUUAUUUCCUUCAUUCAAGAUCUCCCAUUAAGCACCAAGCGAGAUUAUUCACAAUUUAUCCACGGCAAUUUGUAGGGGUGUGUCAUGGGUAAUGCCUAUUGCUUCAUCUUGGACAAGACGGAUUACCACAUGGAGAAAUGGUUCCUGAUUGCUACAGACCUUUUCACUUUGGCCUCCAUUAAUUGAAUAGUUUUUUUUAGAUUUUUAUUUCUGAGAUUUAAAAUGGAAAGAGAAAGAAUUCGUAAAAAAAUUUCCUCGAGGGACCGGCUUGUGAUCUACCUUCUAUUACUAGAAUAUAGACUAAAAUGGUUUAAAUGCUCUCGCAUGCGCAGCCGAUAUCGAUAUCUAUUGUUCUUGGCACGUCUACAUCAGUACGAUUCAUUCCAUUAGUAUCUCUUUGUAUUCAUUUUUACCUAGCUAUCUAUUCCCUAUGCAGAGUACUUUCAAGUAUGUACACUGAAUAUUGUUUGGCGCUAAAUAGCUGGCAAGACAAGGAAAGAAACUGAGAAUUUCAGCGACCGAAGGGGAAAAUUUGCUAUGUGGGAGAUUUCUCCUUGUAUUUCUAGUUAUCAAGUAUUCUACACUGGGUCUAACUAGUGACAUAACUUACACUUGUGCACAUUAACUAUCGGCCUUUUUUUGAUAAUGCUUGAAUCUUGAUCAUUUGAACAGUGAAGGAACAGUGUACUCCCUCUGCCAACUGACACACAUUUGAUGGGAAACUUGAAGGGAACGAUGUGCAAUCAAGCUCUGGUCACUGCUACCCAUGCUAUACCUUUAUGUCAACAGAAUGACGGGAAAUCCAUCUACUCGUGCAAUAACACAACAACGAAGGCGGUUUUCUCUGUCGAA